AUGAACACCAGCACAGCCAAGGACGAGGUCUUCAAACAGGACAUGAGCAACGACAUGCUCAUGGCCUGCCAACGAGCUGCCCGCCAGGCCCUCAAUGAACAAAGCGGCUACGGCAGCCAGAAUAACAAGGAGCAGAGUCUUGCUUCUUCCGUAAGAAAAGCAAUGGAAAAACAGUUCCCUGGCACAUGGAGCUGUGUUUGUGGUCAGCGAUUUGGCAGUGAAAUCGCCUAUGUAAAAGACCACUUCGCCUUCUUCAUGGUUGAUGGAAUGUCCUUCAUGGUCUUCAAGGCUGCUGAUCACCGAUAG